UAUCGUAGAAAAGGCCUCAUAAUUGGUUAAGGUAAAAAUAUAUUUAUUAAGAGUGAAAAGAAAACGAAAGAGUGUUAUAUAUAUAUUCUUUUUUGUUACUGAAGUUCAUUAGAAUCGAGAAUAACAUAAAAGGAAUAAUGUCUAAACUUCAGCGCCCGACACUACAUGAUACUUUGCCUUAUCUUCGAAUUCAGUUAGAUCCUAAGAAUAUGGUGCUUUUGCGAGCAGCUGAGAAUGAAUUAUUUUUAGUAGAUAUGAAUUGUGCGAUGGUAAGCCGGAUAUGCCAGAAAUAUCUAAAGGAUGAAAAUGAAAAAAACCACGUUGGUCAGGAAACUGAAACCAGUGAGGAGUGCCCCCCAAAUGAUGCUACAUUUUCGAAUCAUCAAGAAAUAAUUGGUACAACUGCAUAUCCCGUUAUUGAUCUUUCCGAUGUUGCUUCCGAUGUAUUAGAUCUUUCGAUUGGGUUUAUGUAUAAUAAAUAUAAACUUGAUGUGGAUCCGGAAAAGCAGCUUGUUACUCAGCCAAAGUGGGAUCUUCCUUCCACAGCCAAACUUAUUGCUGCGAGCGUUUUGUUGGAGAUGUAAAUUAUGGGAUUGAAAAAAAUGACUCCAUUAUCAGUGGAAAUUUAUGUCGUGGUUAAUGAAGUCAUAAGCUUUGCACAUAUACAUAUAUGUAUAUAUGUAUAUAAUUAUUUAUUGCCUUCAAUCUUUAGUUUUGGUGAUUGAAG